AUGUCCGCCAAUGAGGAGCAACACCCGGCCCCAGGUGGACAGGAUGGACCGGAGGGCGCGAUGGGAGCAGGCGGUGGGGUGGUCGGCGACCCCGGGCGGGACAAAGGCCUGGGGACGCCUGCUGUCGGGGAGGCGGGAGCGGACGCCCCUCAGGCGGAGCGGCAGCAGGGGGGCGCCCCUCAGGCGGAGCGGGAGCAGGUGGGAGCCACUCGGGCCGACGAUGGGGAGCAGGCGGGAGCCCCUCAGGCGGAGCGAGAGCAGGUGGGAGCCACUCGGGCCGACGAUGGGGAGCAGGCGGGAGCCCCUCAGGCGGAGCGAGAGCAGGUGGGCGCCCCUCGGGCCGACGAUCGGGAGCAGGCGGGAGCCCCUCAGGCGGAGCGAGAGCAGGUGGACGCCCCUCGGGCCGACGAUCGGGAGCAGGCGGGAGCCCCUCAGGCGGAGCGAGAGCAGGUGGACGCCCCUCGGGCCGACGAUCGGGAGCAGGAGGGAGCCCCUCAGGCGGAGCGAGAGCAGGUGGACGCCCCUGAGGCGGAGCGGGAGCAGGCGGGAGCCCCUCUGGCGGAGCGGGAGCAGGUGGGAGCCCCUCGGGCCGACGAUGGGGAGGGAGCGGGAGCCCCUCUGGCGGAACAGGAGCAGGUGGACCCCCCUCGGGCCGACGAUGGGGAGCGGGCGGGAGCCCCUCUGGCGGAACAGGAGCAGGUGGGCCCCCCUCGGGCAGACGAUGGAGGGGAGGGAGCCCCUCAGGCGGAGCAGGAGCAGGUGGGCGCCCCUCGGGCCGACGAUGGGGAGCGAGCGGGAGCCCCUCAGGCGGAGCAGGAGCCGGUGGGCCCCCCUCGGGCCGACGAUGGGGAGCGAGCGGGAGCCCCUCAGGCAGAGCAGCAGCAGGUGGGCCCCCCUCGGGCCGACGAUGGGGAGCGAGCGGGAGCCCCUCAGGCGGAGCAGCAGCAGGUGGGCCCCCCUCGGGCCGACGAUGGGGAGCGAGCGGGAGCCCCUCAGGCAGAGCAGGAGCCGGUGGGCGCCCUUCGGGCCGACGAUGGGGAGCGGGCGGAAGCCCCUCAGGCGGAGCGGGAGCAGGUGGACCCCCCUCGGGCCAACGAUGGGGAGCGAGCGGGAGCCCCUCAGGCGGAGCGGGAGCAGGUGGACUCCCCUCGGGCCGACGAUCGGGAGCCGGCGGGAGCCCCUCGGGCGGAGCGGGAGCAGGUGGGCCCCCCUCGGGCCGACGAUCGGGAGCAGGAGGGAGUCCCUCAGGUAGAGCAGGAGCAGGCGGGCACCCCUUGGGCGGAUGAGCCGGUGCAGGAGGGCGCCCCUCGGGCAGACGAGCAAGAGCAGGCCGUGCAGCAGCUGGCCCUAGCCCAGGCCCAGGGGGGCGCGAGCGCGGGAGACUCAGACGUCGGGCCGGCAGAGGAGCAAGGCCCGGUGGUGAACCCGCCCCAGUUCCCCAUAGUCGGCUUCCCCUUGAUGCUCCUGGGCUUAAUCCACUCGCUGCUGCAGCGCAUCUCCCACAACGACCACGUCCUGCUCCGGCCCAGCGGUGACCGCUUGAUGGUGUGCCACCGCCCGCCUCACGGCUCGGAGCCGCUGCCCUCAUGGCCACCGCCCGCCCACGGGGACGCAAUGGCGGCCUGGGGGCCUGCGGGGCCUGGAGAGCCCGUCGACCAGGGCACAGCCCCGGAACCUGGGGAGUCCCCAGAGCUCCCAGACCAGGCCGCAGCCCCCGAACCGGGGGAGCCUCCGGACCAGGUCGCAGCCCCAGAGCCCGAGAAGCCCUCGGAUCAGGCCGCAGCCCCAGAGCCCGAGAAGCCCUCGGACCAGGCCGCAGCCCCCGAGCCCGAGAAGCCCUCGGACCAGGCCGCAGCCCCCGAGCCCGAGAAGCCCUCGGACCAGGCCGCAGCCCCCGAGCCCGGGGAGCCGGCAGAUCAGGCCGCUGCCCCGCAGGAGGCGACUCAAUAUCAGCAUGAAAACUCUGAUGAAGAGGCCCAAAAAGCAGGAGGUGAGGAAGAGAAAGAAGAGGAGGACAAGGAGAACAAAAAUGAAGAACAAGGACCCAAAAAGGGUCUGGACCCAGCAGAGGGAAGCCCCGGAAAAUCCAGGUAUCUAUGUUUUAUGGUAGCGUUGGAAACCUGGGGGCAUACUGGUUAAGAGCUACAGCUGCUAACCAAAAGGUCGGCAGUUCGACUCCACCAGGUACUCCUUGGAAAUUGUAUGGGGCAGUUCUACUCUGUCCUAUAGGGUCGCUAUGAGUCAGAAUUGACUCGAGGGCAGUGGGGUUUUUCGUUUAUGGUAGCUUUGAGGAGCCCUGGUGGCGCAGUGGUUCUUACUUAGUUCAACUUACUUAGAAUGUUAAUAGAACCAACC